UCCACAUUCCGUGCUUAUGCUCUGGGCUGUAAACUGUAUGUGUGCUCUGGACAGCUGGACAAGAAGCAACUUUUGGACCAAACUUCUCCACUGAAAUAACAACUGAACUGAUCACGAUACCCUCUGUAGCUGAUAACACUUUAUUUGCAGAAAUGGACACUGAAGUAGGAUCAAUCUCAGACAACUACGAAACCCUUAAUGUCCUGGGAGAGGGAGGCUACGGAAAGGUCGUAGGAUGUUACAAACGGGACACCAAGGAAGUUGUGGCUGUGAAAGUCUUAAAAAAAACAAGUUUUUCAGAGCACUACGACCGAAGGGAGAUGUUCAUCUUGGAAAUGCUCCGAUGUUUGGACCCUGAUGAGUCCAGGAUCGUCAAAUGCUUUGAGUGGUACCACGGAAAAGAAACUGCCUACAUGGUGUUUGAGAUGCUGGACAUCAGCAUCCAUCGCUUGAUGUCUCAGAGAAAAUGGGCUCCUUUGCCAUUGGAUGGCAUAAGGACCAUCAUCAAAGAUUUGGCCACAGCAUUAGCUGCCCUGAGGAGUGUCGGUCUGAUCCAUACAGAUUUGAAGUUGGACAACAUCAUGCUGGUGGAUCACGAGAAGCAGCCGUUCAGGGUGAAGCUCAUUGACUUUGGCUUGGCUCUGCAGAAAUCUGAAACCUGGCUUGGACAAGUUGUUCAGCCUUUGCUGCACAGGUCUCCUGAAGUCAUUCUGGGCCACCCAUUCUCUGAGGCCAUUGACGUCUGGGCUCUCGGCACAAUAAUGGCCAAGCUCUCCCUCGGCUGUUCACUUUUCCCGGGGGUUCAUGAGUAUGAUGUGCUGCGUUACAUCACUGACCUCCUGGGUGAAGUUCCGAAGAAACUUGUGAAGGCUGGGAGAAGGACAAAGCUCUACUAUCAAGGAAGAGCAAAUUUCUUCAUGAACACGGAAUGGACAAUGAAGACGCCAGAACAGUUUUCCAAGGAAACCAGCCAGAGAACAGAAGAACACAGGGCAUACCAGGCUCCCUCUCUGAAAGAGCUGACAGCGAUGAACAUACUCCGAGGAAACAAGGAAGAGGAGGCUGAUAGGAGCGCUUGUUUUGACUUGAUGGACAAAAUGCUUCAGAUGGAUCCCAAGGAGAGGAUUACCCCAAACAAAAUCCUGGCACAUCCAUUCAUAACGGGGAGCUACGUCAACAAUGGGUGUCCCCAGGCUGUGGAGAAGAAAUCCCACCAUCCAAGGGUUGAGAAAUCCAACUCUCCAAAGGAUGAGGAAUACAACUCUCCAAAGGAUGAGGAUGCUAGAGACUCAGAAUCGGUCAGUGAUUCGACUGAUAGCGGCCUCUCUAGUAACAAAGACAGCCCAUUUGAGGACUUGGACAGCGUGAUCAUCCCAUUGGCUCCUCAAAACAGUCCAGAAUCCUUUCACACACCUGCGGCCAUUGAGCCCAAGAAGAGGGAGAAGAGAGGAAUUCGAAGAUUCUUGUCCACCUUGAAGAGGAACGUUUUCUGCUGCUUCUGUGCGCCAAAGAACGGCGAUGAAUGAAGCAGUAAAUAAAUAAAUAUCUUUAUGCAAUAA